AUGGGCAAAGACCACGACGUCCCCCAGCCAGGGCCCGCCCGCCUGGCCGAAGGCGCCGGGCCCGACGAAUGGCUGGAGCAGGCCAAGCGCUGCAAGUACCUGCCCGAGGCCGACAUGAAGCGACUGUGCGAGAUUGUAAAAGAGUGUCUUAUGGAAGAAUCAAACAUCCAGCCGGUGCGCACGCCCGUGACCGUGUGCGGCGACAUCCACGGCCAGUUCUACGACCUCCUCGAGCUCUUCCGCGUCGCGGGCGGCAUGCCCAGCGACAGUCCAGCCGCGCCCCUCACCCAGCCAGUCACAAUACCAAGCACAAUCAACCCGGCCGACCUGGAGCCGCCCACGAGCAUAACAGACCCCAAGGUCAAGCGCAAGAUGAAGCGGAGGUUCCAGCGCGACCCCAACUACACGGGCCCUGCCAGUCCCCCGGGCGGUGACGGCGACGAAGAGGCCGACGACGACGACGAGGAAGAGCGGGGCCGCAGCCGCAGCGUCCACGACCGCCGGAGCUUUGGCUCCACGUCCGACGCCGACUCGAGCAAGAACACGGUGGGCGGAAAUGGCCAGCAGAACUUCAUUUUCCUCGGCGACUUUGUCGACCGCGGCUACUUUAGCCUCGAGACGUUUACCCUGCUCAUGUGCUUGAAGGCCAAAUUCCCAGACCGCGUGACGCUUGUCCGUGGAAACCACGAGUCAAGGCAGAUUACGCAGGUCUACGGCUUCUACGAAGAGUGCCAGACCAAGUACGGCAAUGCUUCGGUAUGGAAGGCGUGUUGUCAGGUCUUUGACUUCCUGGCCCUGGCUGCCAUUGUCGACGGAAAGGUUCUCUGCGUGCACGGCGGACUGAGCCCAGAAAUCCGAACACUCGACCAGAUCCGCGUUGUUGCGCGAGCCCAAGAGAUUCCCCACGAGGGCGCCUUUUGCGAUCUCGUGUGGAGCGAUCCCGAAGAAGUAGACACAUGGGCUGUUUCGCCUCGAGGUGCUGGAUGGUUAUUUGGAGACAAGGUCUCUUCAGAGUUCAACCACGUCAACGGGCUGCAACUGAUUGCGCGAGCCCACCAACUCGUCAACGAAGGCUACAAGUACCAUUUCAAAGACAAGGACGUGGUGACGGUCUGGUCGGCUCCAAACUACUGCUACCGCUGCGGCAACGUGGCGUCCAUUAUGAACCUCGGCGAAGACCUCAAGCCCGAAUUCCAAAUUUUCUCUGCCGUGCCCGAUCACAAGCGCGCCGUGCCCGCUGGUCGUGGUGGCAGAGGAGAGUACUUUUUGUAA